UUUCUAGUUCAAAAUCACACCCCCAACUUCUCUGUUUCCCUUAUUUAUAUUUUAUAUUUAUGUUUACACACUCUCUGUUUUUUAGUUUGCUAGAAACUACAAAUUGUUAGGCAUAUAGAGAAAGGGAAAGAGAAGAGGUGCAGGCUCAAAUAUUCAAACUUUGUAUAAGGGAUUUCAAGAUCCUAUUUAUGUAACUAAAUCUUUAGGGUUUUGCUGCAUCAAGAAGUGAUUCUUUAUAUAAAGGGGGUGUCUUAUAAGUUAGUAUAAGUAUUGUUUUUCUGACUAAUGGUGACUAAGUGGGAAUCAACACAGGUAAAGAUUCUACCUUUAGCAUUUUCUGCUUGGUUUCAUCACUAUCUGCUCUUAUUUGCUCUGUCAGUAGUGAAUUGUAUUUCCUUCUGAAAAAGCAAUUAAAAAAUUACACCACCCUAACUGCUGCAAGACUCCAACUUUCUUGAAUCUGAGUGUUUGAGUUUUUCCUUCAGAGAUGGUGAAAAGAAGUUGAAAAGUUGGUUUCUUUAAAGAUGAUUUGUUCAUUUGCUGAAGUUGGGUCACAAAGAUGGGUUUCUAGGCAUACCCAUUUGAAAAGUUCUUGGAUUCAACAUCAAAAAGAUGGUGUCUUUACAUAUCCCCCUCCUCUAUUUCCCACAUCUCCUCCAUUUAGUGAAAGUUCUAAUUUUCACAAAGAACCAAACACUUCUUCUUCAUCCCCAUCUGGAAACAAAAUUAGUCCAGCUGUUCUUUUCAUUAUAGUAAUAUUAGCUGUCCUAUUUUUCAUAUCUGGUUUACUCCACUUGCUAGUUAGAUUUCUUAUCAAACACCCUUCUUCAGCAUCAUCUCAGUCUAAUGGAUAUCCUGAAGUUUCUACUUCAGAUGCUUUACAAAGACAGUUACAGCAGCUUUUUCAUUUACAUGACUCUGGUUUGGAUCAAGCAUUUAUUGAUGCAUUACCUGUCUUUAUGUAUAAAGAGGUUGUGGGUGUGGGUCCUAAAGAGCCCUUUGAUUGUGCUGUUUGUUUGUGUGAAUUUACUGAGAAGGAUAAAUUGAGAUUGCUCCCUACUUGUAGCCAUGCUUUCCAUAUCAACUGCAUUGAUACUUGGCUUCUCUCAAACUCUACAUGCCCCCUUUGUCGAGGAACUCUUUUCAAUCCCGGGUUUCCCGUUGAAAAUCCAAUGUUUGAUUACGACGAGCCACGAGAAGAUGAUGGGGAUGCUCAAAAGACAAUUGAAAUAGAGGAAGUUGCAGUUGCUAAAGCAACAUUUCCCGUGAGACUUGGUAAGUUCCGGAAAUUGAAUGAUGGGGCCCGUGGGGGAGGGGAAGGAGAAGAAGUAGGAGAGAGCAGCAGUAGUAAUUUGGAUGCAAGAAGGUGUUUUUCAAUGGGUUCAUAUGAGUAUGUGGUUGGUGAUGUUAAUCUUGAGGUAGCUUUAAGCAACGAGCAAAAGACGAAUAAUAUGAAUCAAGCCAAUUUGGCAGAGCAUGAUCCUAAUGAGGGGAAAAAGAUAGGAAUUGGGACAAAAACAGAUAGUUAUUCUGUUUCCAAGAUUUGGCUUUGGUCGAAAAAAGGCAAAUUUGCGAGUUCUUCAGACUGCCAAAUGGAUGAUCAACCUCCUAGUAUGGACUUACCAUGGCUUAGAAGAACUGAAGGCAUGUAGUGAAUUCUGAUCUUUUAUUCUCUUUGUUUGAUCUUUUUUGUUAAAUGAUAACUUAGAGGUGAGUUUACCUUUUUCUGUAGUAUUCUUUUAGAUGUUAAUUCAACAAAGCAUAUCAUACUUGAUAAUCAGCUUGAUUUCAGUCUUGA